AUGCACGCUGCCCCAGCGGCUUCAGCACGACAGAAAGAGAAACAGGAUGACAUUCUUGAAAACCCAGGUUCAAUCAAAUUGCCAUGUGGAAGAAUCCCGAAUGACAGACAGGUAGAGCGGCGAUUGCGUCAAAUGCUUACCAGGAGCAAAUUCAACACUGAAACUUUUGUAGUGGUCAACAAUAAAUGCGGACAGCAACAGAAACCAACCUACAUGGACCCGACUAUUUGA